AUGACCGUCCGAUCCUGGUUGACGACCUGCUCGUCAACCUCCUUUCCCUCCACCGCAUUCCCCCCUAACCAGUUGCAGUUGCCAUCUCCCAACCUCUUUGCUUCCGACACCAGCAGCUGUUCCGAAAUCCAAACCAGUUCAUCCGCUUCCCAAGAAACCAGUUGCAGCAGUCCUCGAUCCAAUCACUCCCUCCAAUCACUACCCUCCAUCCCUUCUCUCCAAACAACUUGUCCAGAAACAACUCAAAAUAACGUCUCUGUUUACGUCUCCUCCCUUAAGCCCCAAACCAACCAAGUCAUUAGUUGUCUCGCCGUCUCCGGUGAUCUUCUCUACGCCGCCUCCGGCAACGAAAUCAACGUCUUUACGCUAUCAAACUACCAACAUAUCGACACAUUCAAUGACAAAGAUUCCUCUUCCGGCUCCAUCAAGUCCGUGGCCUUUGGGGAGGGAAAGGUCUUCACGGCUCACCAAGAUUGCAAGAUCCGAGUCUGGUUGAUAACGCCAACGAAAUGUCACCAACUCAUGGCGACGAUUCCCACCGUCAAGGAUCGGUUACGCCGUCUAGUCCUACCCAAGAAUUACGUCCAGGUCAGGCGUCACAAGAAACGGCUCUGGAUUGAACACGUGGACGCCAUCUCCGACCUAGCUAUGACGGACGGUUUACUAUACUCCGUUUCCUGGGAUAAGAGUUUGAAGAUCUGGCGCACCUCGAACCUACGGUGUUUGGAGUCCGUUAAAGCUCAUGAAGAUGCCGUCAACGCCAUGGCCGUAUCUGCUGACGGAACCGUUUACACGGCGUCAGCUGAUAAACGGAUUAGAGUGUGGGGGAGAGGAAGAACGACGCAGGAGAUGAAGAGUAGUAGUCGAAAGCAGAGGCACGGGUUGAUUGCGACGUUGGAGAAGCAUCACUCGGGGGUGAACGCGUUGGCUCUGAGUAGUGACGGGUCCACACUGUUCUCGGGCGCUUGUGACCGUUCGAUCUUGGUCUGGGAGAGGGAAGAUAAUGGAAACCAUAUGGGCGUCACUGGAGCAAUGAGAGGGCAUAAGGGUGCAAUACUGUGUUUGAUCAACGUAUCAGAUAUUCUGGUGAGUGGGUCAGAGGAUCGAACGGUCAGGGUAUGGAGACGAGGAGGGGAUCAACGGUACAGCUGUAUGAUGGUGUUGGAGGGACACGAGAGGCCGGUAAAGUCGUUGGUGGCCGUUAUGGAAGGGACGACCACGCUGUUGGUUUGUAGUGGAAGUCUGGAUGGAGAGAUAAGGGUUUGGCAGGUCACAGUUUCCAAUUUCAAGACUACCUCACCCUCCUGCACAUCCGAUUCCGAUCUAACAAACACAGUUUUUGGUUCUUGA